AUGAUCUUCAAAGGGCUCAAAGAGUCGUUCCGCACGCGUCGCAGUCGGUCCCGCCCGCCUUCUGCUCUUCCCACGUUUAAUAUGGAGCGAGCCAGUGAAGGAGAUCGAUUUGAGAGAGAAGAGCGAAUAGACAGACUUCAAGAGACCAUGAAUGUCUUCAGCCGUCUAGGUCACUCGAUCUCAAGCAAGAACAUCAAAUUGCCUCCAAUCCCCAGCUUCAAGCCACUCAAUUUGUCCAAUCUGGACAUUUUCAAGAGCAAAGAUGAUCCCGUGUCCGAUGUCCCUGCCGAGAUUCGACGCAAGCCAUGCCCCGUCAAUCCUGAAGCUUUCGAUACUGCAACCUUAAGUCCCUCAAUGACACCAGCCGAGAUUCUCCACCACAAAUUCCGAGCCUUCGAUCCGUGCGCACCUGUCACCAAUCCAUUACUCCAUAUGCGUGCACGAGAAGCGUUGAAGCGCCGUUACGAGAGCAAGUUCACCAUCGAUUUCGACCCACCAGCUGGCAUUACGGCUCGAGAGUACAACUUCAUGUGGUGCGAUGAGGGGGAGUUGGACUUGAAGGUUUUACAGGACAUUGUGUGGGUUAGAGAACGAUAUGCUCAGGCGAGAAAGGGAGAGCCUACUGAUGAAGAUGUUAUUCGUUGGUAUGAUGCAGAGAGGUUUGACGUUGGGACUGAGUCGGUUACUGAAGGGAGUUUCCGUUAA